AUGAAGCUUCUGAAGAGAAGCUUCGAGAAGGACGGCCCAGGGGUGGCCAAGAUCGUACCCGAGGUGGAGGAGGACCUAUGGCAUGCCUACAACCUCAUUGCUCCGCUCGACCAUGUGCAGAGCACCACGUUCAGGAAGGUGCAGAAGGAGACGGGAGGGGGCGGCAGUGAGUCGGAGCGGAUCAAGCUGAGGCUGGAAGUGGCAGUGGAGGAAGUGGAUUUCGAUGCAUCGGCACAUGUCAUUCGAGUUCGCGGAAAGAACAUCACUGAGAAUGAGCAUGUGAAGCUAGGGUCAUACCACACUCUGGAGCUCGACUUGCAACGGGCCUUCACACUCACCAAGGACGUAUGGGACUCAGUGGCUAUAGACCGGCUCAAGGAGGCGUGUGACCCGUCAGCCAAUGCAGACCUAGCAGUGGUGGUGAUGCAAGAGGGACUGGCAAACGUCUGUCUUAUUGGGGGGAGCGUGACUACAGUAAAGGCGCGCAUAGAGACGCCAAUCCCAAGAAAACGAGGGCCGGCAAUCGCGGGAUACGAUAAGGCAAUUCAUAAGUUCUUUGAGAAUGUCUUUCAGGGUGUGCAACGGCACAUUGACUUCAAUGUUAUCCGCUGCCUGCUUAUAGCGAGUCCUGGAUUUACCAAGGACCAGUUCUUUGAGUACAUGAUGCUGGAAGCAACCCGGCAGAACAUCCGAGCCAUUAUCGAGAACAAGGCAAAGAUCGUCCUCGCACAUUCCACGUCGGGAUACAAGCACGCAGUGAAAGAGGUGCUGGCGCUGCCAGCGAUCAUGACUCAAAUCAAAGACACCAAGGCAGCCAAGGAGGUGAAAGCACUCGAGGACUUCUAUGCCAUGCUCUCAAACGACUCUUCUCGGGCCUUCUACGGUCCCGGGCACGUGGAGGCGGCAAAUGAGCGCCUUGCCAUCCACACACUCCUCAUCUCAGAUGACCUGUUCCGCAAUGCGGAUGUGAAGACGAGGCGACGCUAUGUGGAUCUGGUGGAGUCAGUGAGAGCGAAUGGCGGGCAAGUGCACGUCUUCUCCUCCUUGCAUGUCUCUGGCGAACAGUUGGUCAAUCUCGCUGGGAUUGCUGCAAUCCUGCGCUUCCCACUGCCAGAAUUGGAAGAUAUGGAACUGUGA